AGAUUUCCUGGCUCAUUCCUUCAUUAUCUCUAGUGUAGUCAACUCCCCUGUCCUCUCUCUCUACGAUUGCCUAUCCCUGCCGGCCUUGCUAGCAGUUGAAUAGAUCGAUCGAGUUGAAUAUAUAUUCUAUCGCCCUCUUGUCCGUCGUUGACCGGGCCAAUUCAACAUUCAACUCGUUCCGGUGGUUCAAUUCCCCGCGGGCCGCAGCGUUUCUCCAUCUCGAUCUCUGUGUCUGUUCUCUGCCUCCGCGCGAUGAGCAGCAGCAACGGCGGCCGGCGAGAUGAUGGCGGCGAGGACGACGUCCUGGACCACGAGUACCAAGAGGAGUACGUGAGGAACUCGCGGGGGAUGAGCCUCUUCGCCUGCAGAUGGCUGCCUGGGAAGAGGAGGAAUAAGCAGCAGGGUCCCAAGGCGCUCGUUUUCCUCUGCCAUGGCUACGCCGUUGAGUGCGGCGUGACGAUGCGCGGCACCGGCGAGCGCCUGGCCCGUGCCGGGUACGCCGUGUACGGCCUCGACUACGAGGGCCACGGCCGCUCCGACGGCCUGCAGGGCUACGUCCCAGACUUCAAGGCCCUCGUCCAGGACUGCGACGACCACUUCACCUCCGUCGUCCGCUCCCACGGCGCCACCGUCAGGCACCGCUUCCUGCUCGGCGAGUCCAUGGGCGGCGCCGUCGCUCUCCUCCUCCACCGCGCGCGCCCCGACUUCUGGACGGGCGCCGUGCUCGUGGCGCCCAUGUGCAAGAUCGCCGACGACAUGCGGCCUCACCCCGUGGUCGUCAACAUCCUCAGGGCCAUGACCUCCAUCAUACCCACCUGGAAGAUCGUGCCCACCAACGACGUCAUCGACGCCGCAUACAGGACGCAGGAGAAGAGGGACGAGAUCAGGGGCAACCCCUACUGCUACAAGGACAAGCCGCGCCUCAAGACCGCAUUCGAGCUGCUCAAGGUCAGCUUGGAUGUGGAGGCAAACCUCCUGCACCAGGUGUCAUUGCCGUUCCUGAUCGUACACGGCGGGGCGGACAAGGUGACGGACCCUUCCGUGAGCGAGUUGCUGUAUCGAUCGGCGGCGAGCCAGGACAAGACGCUCAAGCUCUACCCAGGCAUGUGGCAUGCCCUCACCUCCGGUGAGUCGCCCAACAACAUCCGGACAGUUUUCCAAGACAUCAUUGCUUGGCUGGACCACAGAUCCUAUAGAACGACGUCGUCGAUGGAGGAGGUGGAGCUGAAGGCUAGACAUGACGACCAACAUCACCAGCAGCAUGGCAACAAGUAGCUGCUAUAUACAUAUAUAUACGUGUAUAGAAUCCAAUGGAAGAGUUCAAAUUAAAUGAGAUGCAGAGAACCAUUAUUUUGUGGAUACAUGUAUAUCACUGUCAGUGAUACCAGCUUUGCAACAGAAUAAUUAAAAGAUGACAUUCGAUGAAAUCCAUCAAAUGUGUUAUACAUUAACA